AUGAUCUCCAUGGCCAUGAGAAACAGGGAAGAAAGUGUUAAAGGCUUAAUGAUGCUUAAGCUUUUCGUUAGAAAGAUACAAAGGGGUCUCAUGCAUUCAGCAUCUAAAGGAUCUAGUCUAAAUGCCAACAAGUUAAAAGAAGAGAUAGAGGCUGCAAAAAUGGUUCCAGAAGAUGUGAAGCAAGGACAUUUUGCAGUAAUUGCAAUGAAGGGUGCAGAACCAAAGAGGUUUGUUGUGGAGUUAGACCACCUUACUAAUCCAGCAUUCGUGAAAUUACUGGAGCAAGCUGAAGAGGAAUAUGGAUUCCAGCAGAAGGGAGUUCUUGCCGUCCCUUGUCAACCUGAAGAAUUACAGAUGAUUCUAAGUUAA